CGUUUCUCUUCCGUUUUGUGCGAAAAAAACGAUGCCCUCCGGCCCUGAUGUGAAUUCUUGGGACUGAAAGACUGAUAUAAAACUUCCUAAGCUAUGGGCUUCGUGGCUUUUACAGCCUCAAGUGUCUCGUAAAAUUCAUUAAAUUCACUUAAAUUUCAUUCUCUCCUGUUAAUCUCCUGUCAAAAAGCAAUGCAUGCGUAAAAGCCUAGAGCUGUCUCACAUUGAACCUUUUCUCGUCCUACCUAGCUAUAUCAUUUUCAUUUUCUGGUGAAGUUUCUUUGUAGACUUUAGGAUUUGGCCCACCCUUGUCGUAAUUCUUAAAGAUUACAAGAUGUCAGUGUAUAUUAAUGCUUAAGUUCAGCGACUUGAAGCUUGACAUUAUGAAGUAUUUUCGACCUGUUGCUCUGCUGUUUAAUUUAUGUAUGGCUGGUUCAUGCAAUGCUGUGUCGUGUAUUUCAGGUAAAACAGCUAUAUCAAGAAAGUCGACUCGUUGCUGAAUACAAUAAUGUACUACGAACAAUAUCCGAUGGUCACGUGGUUCGUCGUACCUUCGUAUAUAUUCGUCAUCGUGACGGGUACAUUCGGGAAUCUGGUAGUACUCCAUGCUUACCUCACUGGUGAGAGGGUUUGGAAUCGACCUUAUAACUUGAUCUUAUCGCAUGGAGUUGUCGCCGACCUGAUAAUCUGUGCCUUUUUCACACCGCUGUUACUGCUAUAUCGCUCUAAUGCGCCUGCGCGGGUUAUUGAGAGCUCACCGCUGUGCGAACUCUCCGUAUUUUCAUCAAUAUUGGCAAUUUCGCUUCAGUACGUCAUUUUCCCGCUCUUCGCUCUCAAUCGCCGGGACCUGGUGCUGAAUAACGCCACUCCUUUUCUUACUUACUCGAAGUGCAGGAGGCUGCUAGCAGCUGGAUGGUUCAUAUGCCUCGCUGUUUCAGGAAUCCAAAUCCUACUACUACGUAACGGAAUCGGCACCGACGACACGCCAAAAAUGUAUCGAUGCAUUUUGGUAAACACAAAAUGGGAUACAUAUACGAUCUUCUUUAUCGGGUAUUCGACUCUACUCUACACUGUAUCGACUUUGAUAGCCUACCGCUGUUACAAGGCCAUACAUGACUCAGGCCCAUCCGACCCAGUCCUUUCCAUCGACGACACGCGACGCACCAGGAUGUGCAUGAUUGUGGCUAUGGUGUAUACUGUUUUUUGGACCCCUUUUCUUCUUGUGCAACUUACAGGGCUGUUUGGGAGUUAUUCUGAAGUCGUUUUUAAUUUGCAUGCACUGUCCUCUGUCCCAGGUGUCUUAGCGUCGGCUGUGAAUCCAUAUCUUUAUUCCUAUAUGGAUCACUAUUAUCGAAAGAAAUUUAUUAAUAUUUUUAAAUUUACAUUAAGUGAAGAUUAAAUACUGAAAAGACUUGAUUAAGAUCAGUUAGGUUAUUUACAUUCCUUGCCACACGAGACUUAAUCUGGUUAUAACAAAACUCUUAUGAGCUCACGAAACUGAUAGUCAAAAUACUUUUUACUUGUCUUUAUUUUUGCUUUUGUUGCU